UUUGUUAUUUGUAUAGUUAAUUCAUUUUAAAACUUAUUAGAGCCGGCGUUUGAUGAAAAAGGUGAAAAAAUAAGUAAAUAUUUGGUAUCAACGAUAAUUUAAAGAACUUUGUUAAAGUUCUAAUUAUCUACUUUGUGAAACCGGGGAUCUUUUAAAAAACAAAAUGACGAUAGGAAAGAAUAAUAAAAUGCUUCAGCAUAUCAACUACCGAGUUCGGAUAAUAUUACAAGACUCCCGAACAUUUAUUGGUACAUUUAAAGCAUUUGAUAAACAUAUGAACUUAAUAUUAGGAGAUUGUGAAGAAUUUCGUAAAAUCAAACAGAAAAAUGCUAAACAAGUUGAACGUGAAGAAAAAAGAGUAUUAGGAUUUGUGCUAUUACGUGGUGAAAGUAUAAUAUCGAUGACAAUUGAAGGUCCACCUCCACCUGAAGAAGGUUUACCUAGAGUACCAAUUCCUGGAGCAGCUCCAGGUAUUGGGGUAGGACGUGCAGCUGGACGAGGUGUCCCAGCUGGAAUGGCAGGAGUACCUGCUGGUUUACAAGGGCCUGUAAGAGGUGUUGGAGGUCCAUCACAACAAAUCAUGACACCAACCGGACGAGGUCAAGUGUCUGCACCACCACAAAUGCAUCAAGGUCCACCAAGAAUGGGUGGACCUCCACCUGGCAUGAUGGGACCCCCACCCGGUAUGAUGGGAAUGCCUCCUGGUAUGCAGAUGGGACGUGGUGCACCUCCAAUGGGGCCACCUGGAAUGAGAGGGCCACCUCCAAAUAUGAUGCGAGGAGGUCCACCUAGACCAUAUUAAUUUAAAUCAUAAUAAAUUAAGUUUUAAUUAUUAUAAAUAACUAUUGAAUUAAAUAAAUCUUUUUUUUUUAAUAAU